GACUGCAGAGCUGCCCGGGGAUUUUUUUUCCCAGGCUGUCUUCAUUUCGUGUCUAUCCAAGUCGUCGGCUGCUGGAGCGACUGCCACCUUCUGUGAUCUCCAUAGUCUCAGGAACAGGAAACGGACCUCACACCUUCCAGAUUGCUUCGUCUUUCAGGAACACUAUUUGUACGGAGUGCUAAGGCUGGAAAAGACCUUAAAGCUUGACCAUCCAACUUCCUUGUUAUCCAAAGGAGGAAACUGAGACACUCUGAAUUAAGAAUGAUGAUGGCUGUUUCUGUCUCAGAAAAUGAUUGCAUCAACUUUGUGGAAAUGAAAUUUAUUGACAAUAUACUUUACUUUAUACCUGAAAAUGAUGAAAACCUGGAAUCAGAUUACUUUGGCAAACUUGUACCUAAAUUGUCAGUCAUACGAAAUUUGAAAAACCAAGUCCUCAUUGUCGACCGUGAGAAGAAACCUGUGUUUGAGGAUAUGCCUGAUGCUGACAUUGCAGAUAAUGCACCUCAGACUACAUUUAACAAAUAUACAUAUACCGAUAGCCGUGGUAGAGGUAUGGCUAUAGUCAUCUCUGUGAUGUGUAACGGAAACCAUACUCUCUCCUGUGAGGACAAAACCAUUUCCUUUAAGGAAAUCAAUCCUCCUGAUAAUAUCGUUGACACAAAAAGUGACAUCAUAUUCUUUCAGAGACGUGUUCCAGGACAUGAUGAUAAGAUGCAAUUUGAGUCUUCAUUGUAUGAAGGAUACUUUCUAGCUUGUCAAAAAGAGAAAGACUUUUACAAACUUAUUUUGAAAAAAAAGGAUGAAUCUGGGGAUAAAUCUAUAAUGUUCACUGUCCAAAACAAAGACUAGACUAUUAAAAUUCUACAAUUGAAACUUU